AUGCUAGCACAGCGAAAGGAGCCGCCGAAACUGACCACGGCAGAGCUUCCCGAUGACGGACCACCGCUACCCGGAGAUCUGGAAGAGGCGCUCAAGGACUUUGAGGGGGACUUCCGGGGGCCCUGGCGCGCUUUGGGCCUGGAGGCCGAGGACCCGCUCACGGAGGAGGAGCUGCGGCAGGCGUACCGCCAGGCGGUGCGGCUGGAGCACCCGGACGCCUCCCAGCGCGCGGAUGCGGAGGAGCGUUUCCAGCGGGUCCGCAAGGCCUAUGCCAUCCUCUCCGACGAAGGUAGCCGGGAGCUGCUGCUGGAGGCCAUCGAGCAGCGGGCGGCCAGCUUCGAGGAGCUGACUAGCUUCGGGCUUGAGGAAGAGAAGGAAGAAGGCGGCUUCCCCUGGUGGAUCCUUUGGCUGCUGUUGGGUAUGGCGCUUCUGCUGCUUUUGCUGCUGCGCUUGGCCAGCCCGGACAUGCAGAUCCGGCCGAAGGAUGAGGUGAUCGGGCUGAACCUCCGAGACCUCCAGGCUUUGCAGGAGUUGCAAGAGUUAGAAGCGUCCUGA